AUGACUUCAUGACCACAGAUGUUAGAGCCACAAGUCUGUAGUCAUUUAGUCCAGUGAUUCUUGGUUUCUUGGGGACAGGGACUAUGGUGGAGAUCUUGAAGCAGACAGGCACAUGAGAUUCUUCCAGUGAGGAGUUGAAGAUGCUCGUAAACACAGUGCUUUAGAGUGGCAGGAGCCACGCCAUCAUGGCCCGGGGCUUUUCAUGUGUUAAGAGACCUGAACUGCUUCUUUACAUCUGCUUCAUGAAUGUGUGUGUUAAGAGACCUGAACUGCUUCUUUACAUCUGCUUCAUGAAUGUGUGUGUUAAGAGACCUGAACUGCUUCUUUACAUCUGCUUCAUGAAUGUGUGUGUUAUCGGUGGAGGCGGGGGUUCUGGGUUUGUAGUUGGUGAUGUUCCUGAAACUUUUCCACACAGAGGUUGGGUCGUUUUCAGUGAUUUGCUGCUGCAUUUUGUCAUGAUGCUGGUGUUUUGCUUUGACCAAUUCUUUGCUGAACCUGUAUUUAGUGUCUCUGUAGGAGUCCUUGUCCCCCCUUUUAAAUGCAUCUCUCUUUUCAAACCACAGCUGUUUGAGUUUAGGGGUAAACCAGGCUUUGUCAUUGUUAUAACUCACCCUGGUGUAUGAUGGUAUGAUGCUGUCCUGACAGAAGUGGAUGUAGGAGGUGACGGUAUCUGUGAACUCAUCUAAACUGUCUGAGGUGGCUUUUAUUACCUCCCAGUCUGUGGUCUCAAAGCAUGCGCGAAGCUCAUCUGCGGCAUCUGUGUUCCACUGUCUUGUUGACUUCACAACAGGCUUGGAGAGUUUUAGCCUUUGUUUGUAAGCUGGGAUCAGAUGGAUGGUCACGUGGUCAGAGAGUCCAAGCGCAGCGCGCGCCACUGCAUGAUAGGCUCCCAUUGCUGUGCUGUAACAGUGGUCCAGGGUUUUCCCCUCUCUGGUUGGACACUUGAUAUACUGUUUAUAUUUGGGAAGCUCCUGGCUCAGAUUUGCAUUGUUAAAGUCUCCAAGUACAACGAUGAGAGAGUCCGGCUACGUCUGCUCCAUGCACAGUAUCUCUUCCGCGAGCACACGCUGAGCCUCGUGCACGUCCGCGUCAGGUAGGAUGUAAACAGCGCCUAGAAUGAAUGAGGCGAACUCCCGCGGAGAGUAAAAUGGUUUACAGUUUGUGAAAAGAUACUCCAGAGAUGGAGAACAAUCCUGCACGAUCACUGUGACAUCUGUGCACCAACCAUUAUUGAUUUAAAAACACACACCUCCACCUGUGGUCUUGCCGGAGACAGUCACUUUCCGAUCUGCGCGGAUGAGGUGAGACCCCUCCAGCUGGAACGCGCAGUCCUGGGUGUCCUCACUGAGCCAUGUUUCAAUGAAGCAUAGAACCCCAGAUGACGAGAAGUCUCUGUUUAUGUUCCUCAUCAGGGUCAGCUCGUCCAUUUUGUUGCGGUGUGAGCGUACAUUAGAGAGGAAGAUGCCAGGCAGAGCCGUGCACAGUCCCCGUCUCCUCAGACGCACGAGAGCGCCCGCUCAUUUAUCUCUCCUCCUGUGUCUUACUUUCCUGAUCAAAGUUGAUAUUGAAUCGGCCACAGAUGCAACAAAAAAUGAGGUUAAGUCCACCGGAAUCAUAGUGUUGUAACUUAUGAGUUCUUCUCUUGAAUAGGAGUACCCAGAUACGCAAUUUACACACAAAAACAGAACAAAAACAGCGCACCAAAGUACCACGGCAGCCGUCUGUGGUGCCAUCUUGAAUCCCUCACAAUAGAGGCUAGCGACUCAUCAGGUGAUGGAGAGCCGAGGUACCCACAGUAGUUUUGGCUCAUUGACUAACAAUAGAUAGCUACAGCUUAUAGGCUUGACUCUCCCAUAUUCCAGUUUGAAGUGACAAAACUCCUUGGAUGAGAAGAGAAACAUCUUCAAGAAACCAAAGAAGUCCAGUUGCCUUCAUUUGAACCCUUUGGAGUAUCAUGACCUGGAUGACUGAGAACUUUCACUCGCCCUUUUUACAGUUAGAAUUGACAAAGCUCCUCAGAUGAGAAGCAAACUUCUUCAGAAAACCAAAGAAGUUCAGUUGUCUUCAUUUAAACAACUUCAAAUAUAAAUAGACAAAAAGAAAUACUAAUGACCAAUAACAAGACAGGUCUUUGUUGCUUAAUAGGUAAUCUGUCUAUUAAAUAGAAGAUAUACAUUCCCUCAGGUUUCUAUAUAACCUAUUUAAUAGAAUAAAUACAUGAUAUUACAUUAGUGUGUAAUGUAUUUGUUUAGUGAUCAUGCAUAGUACUAAAUUUAUGGUAUUUUUUUUCCUUGUUGUAGAUGCCUCGUGGCAAAGGGUACCGUAGAGCUCAGGCCUUGAAGAACAGACAGUUUAUGCCGAAGCCUAUGGAAGAGCUAUUCGAGAUUCUGCCAAGCUGUACGACUUUUACUCCACGUCACGGAACAGGCUUCAGGCACAGGGUUUGUCGUUGGCCCUUGUCGCCUAACACAGGAAAAAGUCUGAAAGUCAUCAUCCCACCAGAGUCUUCAGAAAAGAAGUUUGUCUUCGUCAUUGGAGAUUCACAUCUCCGAGCCAUUGUGGAUGGCUAUGUGAAGGUGCCUGAGGGGAAGCUGUCCUUUGGCUACCUGUCGGUUCCUGGUGGUACAGCAGCCCACCUUACCACUGAGGUCCGGCAUUUAGUUCUCCCACGUGAUCCAGAUGCAGUGUGUCUGCUCGCUCCAAGCAACAAUCUGGACAGUCCUAUUUCUGAAGCAGAAAAAGACUUCAAGUGUCUUUUGAACACCAUUUCCACUCUUUGUCCAAAUGUUUUUGUUUUGGAUUUCCCUCCAAGACUGAGCCAUGACACGGUUGUGCAGGACCAUCUGAGGAUGAUGUUUCACAGGGUCUCAGUACAAAUGGAUGUCCCAUACUCAUCAAUUGCUGAGAACUUCCCCUUUCAUCGCCUGGAUUUGUGGGGCAGAGAUGGGGUUCAUCUCAGUGACAGUGAUGGUAUGGACAUUUUUGCACAAUUGCUCUGGCAAAAAACAUACCUGCACCUCCAAAGUCAGAAGGCCCAGGUUACCCCCAAGAAGUCUGCUGCUAGAGUGGUCGUUCAACACGCAAAGCCCAUUCAACCCCAAGCAGACCAAUCUAAGUGGAAAGUUGUUUUGCCUGGCAAGAAGAGGUCUACUCCAGCUGGUCCAAAGGAGCAGAGAUCAUCUUCAAAGAGAAUUCUUCUUCAUGAGGCCGAAGUCUGUUUUGAAGUUAAUCCCAAAUACUUCCACGAAGAUCUGCUGCAUGUCUUGGAAAAUGACAGUACUGGAUGUCCAGAUGUGCUUUCACCAGAUGUCCAACAAAAAAAGGUGGUACAACCUGAAGGAAAGCCAGUGUCCUUUGGAAAAGAGAAAAGUGUUGUCAACACGCAGGGACAGGCAACAACGAUCCAGAAGCCCCCUGCCAGUGCAACAGCACCAAUAAAGGAGCAAGUGAUCAUGCCCUCUGAUGAUCAUGAAUGGCCAACACUUGCAGAGAGUUUAAAGACAUCUCACAUUCAUCCAAAAGGCUCACGUGGCACACUGAUGUCUCGUCAUCAGAAGUACCUGAAGGACUGCAGUGUGGUCCUUCAAAAACUGAAAGAGAAAACUGAUGACGCCAGUGUGCCAUCACCAGCCCCCAAUGACAAAACGUAUGCAGCUGCUGUCCAAGAACAAAAAUCUGUUUCACGCACAGAUGUCACCAAGGACCAGGUUUGCUGUCACUCCCAGGAGCAUUUGAAAGACUGCGCUGAGGUUCUACAUCUCCAGAUGAACGAAGACAAAUACAGUGUUACAUCGCCUGUACCAAAAGGCAAAAUGAACGCAGUUGCUCUCCAAGACCAAGGACCUGUUGACCUAGGAGAUGCUACAAAGCAACAGGAAUGUAAAGAGAAGGAGACGAGUGUUCAACCUGAGAAGGUCCAUGAUGCUCCUGGUGUUGCAGCUUCAAGUGUUACCAUUGCAUCUUCCUCAUCAAAUCAGGAAAGUUUGAACACUUUUCAUUCUAUUGUCAAAGGUUCAUUUCAUCAAGGUCAUAAGCGUUUUGGGUGCAACCGAUUUAAACAGUGUGCACCAAACAGCAUUACAGCCAUCAUGACAAACACUGUCAAAAUGGCUUCCACAUGGUCAAGAAAAGACAUUAACAAUAUCUUGAUAAGUGGUGAUAGUUUAUACACUUACAUGAAAGAGCAAAACAUGAUCAGUGAUGCAGAAGGCAGUGGUUAUGUUUUUGUUCAAGAGUUACCCACAGAGCACACAUUCCAUCAUCACAAGUUCUCUUUGGAAUACAUGCAGACCUUCACAGGACAUCUUCAUCAGCAGAUUUACCAUGAAGAUGUUUCAGAUUUUGCCAUGCCUUUGGACGUUGCAUUACAGAGAGCUAUAUUUGACAAUGACGGCUGUCUGUUUACAAUUAGUAGAAACACAUGUGCAGUUUUGAAAGAACAAUCUCAGUUUUCUGUUUUUGAUCCACAUUCACGUGGUCAUGAUGGUCUCUGGCAGUUGAAUGGCACAAGCAUAGUAGCACACUUUGAUACUUUAGACCAAGUUUAUACACAUUUAAUCAAUCUCUCUCACUCUUUGUGUGCUGACAAUGCAAAUGAAGAGGACACAGCUUUUGAAAUGACCGGUGUUAAGGUGACAGCUCAAUCUAUGAGUAAACCUAUCCAAAGUAAAACUGCUUCUUGCCAAAAUGAUGUAGAGUUAAUCAGUGGAAAUGAUGAUAGUUUUGAUGACGAUACAUUUGAUCAGUUAGUAGUUGAAGAAAUUGAAGAUGUUGCAGUCAGUGACACAUCUGAGUCUCUUUCUGAAUCUCCAUCUCGUUGUGAGCUCAUCCAUACGCAAAAUAGUUCUUUUCAAGAUGAUGCAGAGUCAAUAUGUACUAGUUUUGAUGAUGAUAGUUUUGAUAAAGUAGUACUUCAGGAAAUAGAAGAUAUUGCAGUUAAUGACACCACUUCCCUUGAUGUAGACUCAGUAACUGAAAAUCAUCACACUUCUUUGAAUCAAGCAAUAAUUGAAGAAGUGCCACAAAAUGAUACAUCUGUUUUCAUAAUUUCAGAAAAUAUCAACAGCACUGUUACUUUCAAUCCUCUGACUUCUAAAGACAAAAGAAACUUUUGCACCCAACUACAGAUAGUUCCAAGUUUAGAAAGGGUGAAAAGUCUUUGGGAAAGUAUUACAUUAGAUGAACCGUUACCUUGUACCACUAAACACAUCCAGCCAGACGGCAACUGCUUUUUCCGUGCUCUUGCAUUUGUAAUUACUGGGAAUGAAGAGUUGCAUAGCUGGAUUCGCAGGGCUGUUGUUAAUCAAAUUCUUCAAAAUUCUGACCUCUAUUCAAGUUACAUCAGACAGGAAUUUGAAUCAGUACAACAGUAUGUUACACAAACAGGCAUAAAGAUAGUUGGAUCCUGGGCUACAGAAAUUGAGAUACAAGCAGCUGCAGACUUUUUUCACACCCAUAUUUACACUUACACUCAAGGAAAAUGGUUACAAUAUGGCUCUUCUAGUACUUUAGACAACACCAAGGGUAUUUAUCUGAAACACUGUAAUGAAUGUCAUUAUGAGCCAAUCGCAUGUGUGAAAGAUAAAACUAACACAUGUUUUAACCUGAUCUCAUGUAAUUACUGUCACUUUAAAGGUGACAAGGACAUACUAUCUCCAUCUAAGAUGAGCAGAGAGAACAGGAGAAAGAGAACUCUGUAUAAUAAAGACAUUGAGAAAAGGGAAAGCAAAAAAAUGAUGUUACAGAAAUUGUAUAAGGACGAUCCUAAGUACAGAUUACACAAGAAGCAAUUAAGUGUCAUUACAUAUAGAAAUAACCCUGAACUGAGAGCAAGACUCAGACAUGACAGUAAAGAAAACUACAAAAACAAACCUGAACUGAGAGCAAGACUCAGACAUGUCAGUAAAGAAAACUACAAAAACAAACCUGAAAUGAGAGCUAGACUCAAACUGGCUAAUAAACAAAACUACUACAAAAAGCCUGAACUGAGAGCAAGACUCAGACAUGAUAGUACAGAAAACUAUAAAAACAAACCUGAACUGAGAGCUAGACUCAAACUGGCUAAUAAACAAAACUACUACAAAAAGCCUGAACUGAGAGCAAGACUCAGACAUGAUAGUACAGAAAACUAUAAAAACAAACCUGAACUGAGAGCUAGACUCAAACUGGCUAAUAAACAAAACUACUACAAAAAGCCUGAACUGAGAGCAAGACUCAAACUUGCCAGCAAAACCACUUAUGCAGCCAAAAGUAAACACUCUAAACUUCAGUUAUUGAAACAGAACGUAGAAAGAUAUAGAAAUAAGGUUGACCACCGUAACCGCAUCAAACAGUCUAAUUCUGAACGGUAUAGAAAUGUAACUGCUUAUGCCGAUUCUGUUAAAGAGCACGGAAAACGUAGACGACAAAAUCUCAUGACUGGAAAAAAAUUCAUAGAUAAUGUCAUUCAGCUUUUUAGAGAAAAGGUUAAAUUUGGCCCUCAAUUCGUCUGUUGUGUUUGUCAUCGGUUACUUUUUAAACAUCAAGUUGUUGAAUGUAAAACACAGCAGUAUGAAAUUAGAGGUUCAUUCAUUUCAUCUGUGGCAAAAAAAUGCAUCACUGACACUUAUUUACACAAGUGUGGACAGUCUUCAGUUUCCAAAUGCCAUCUAGAGGUUAGCCCUGCAUGUAAAUUGUGGGUCUGUUUUACUUGUCAUCGUAAAAUACUCAAUGGAAAAGUCCCUGAAGAAAGUGUUGCAAACAAUAUGCACCUAGAUUCUAUUCCUGUAGAACUUAGUACGUUGAAUCCUCUUGAGCAACAUCUAGUGGCACAGCACAUUCCGUUUAUGAAACUUUUAGCCUUACCAAAGGGAGGGCAAAAUGGUGUCCAUGGACCUGUGACUUGUGUUCCAUCUAAUACAGAAACUGUGAGUAACAUUCUACCCAGAUUAGAUGAUCAGAAUCUAAUGAUUAAAGUCAAACUGAAGCGAAAGCUGACGUACAAGGGUCACUAUGACUAUCAGUAUGUCAAUGCUCUGAAAGUACAUAAUGCAAUUGCAUACCUUAAAUCUCACAAUACUUUUUACAAAGAUGUACAAUUUAACAGUGCAUGGACAAAUCCCCUAGAAAAAGAGUCUGAAGACUCUACCUCUGAAACCGACAACGUCACUUUGGAAGAAGACAGCAAUAGAGCUGAAAUAGAGUGUGAACAUCCUGGCAAAAGAGAUGGCAGUGGCACAGAGGUAGAGUCUGAAGAUCUUGUUAGCGAUGAUCAUUUUAAUGAUAGACAACAGCAUGGGAUGUUUUUGGACACAUGCAUGCAACCAGUAGACAUUGCCCAAGAAAUACUAGACAACCAUUUUGACAGUGUUUUAUCAGUAGCACCAGCUGAGGGAAAUACUCCAGUCAGAUUGCUUACCGAUACUUCUAACGAGGCUAAAUGCUUUCCAGUUCUGUUUCCCAACGGAACAGGUACAUUUCAUGAUGCAAGAGAGCAAAGGAUUACACUAAGCAAAUAUUUAAACACCCGAAUUCUCAAUGCUGAUGGCAGAUUUGGCAAGAACUUGGAUUACAUCUUUUAUGCACAAUAUUUGUCAGAAGUUAAUCAAGUUGUGUCAAAUGUUUCCAUUGCACUGAGAAAGGGCUACCAUGGCUUAGACAACACCAACAUUACAUCAUCCAUGCUGGGCAAUACAGACUUUUUGAAGAAUGUUUUAAAUGCUGACAUGGGCUAUAAGUUUUUGAAGCCCAUUAGAGGUACACCAGUAUUUUGGCAGGGAGUUCAAAAAGAUCUGUUUGCUUAUGUUAGACAACUUGGCAUUCCUACAUGGUUUGCUUCCUUUUCUUCAGCAGAUUUAAGAUGGCCAGAAUUUAUGGAAGCUUUUAUGGCUAUAGAAAACAUUCAAGGCAAUAUUCAUGACAUGGACUGGGCACAGAAAUGUGACUUAUUGAAAAACAAUCCAGUGACAGCAGCCAGAAUGUUUGACUAUAGAUUUAGAUCUUUUUUAAAAGAUGUUAUCAUGUCUCCCGCUCAGCCAAUUGGUAAAAUCAUUGAUUAUUUUUAUAGAGUAGAGUUUCAACAACGUGGAUCAUGUCACACUCAUUGUCUAUUUUGGACCGACGGGCCUAAAAUAGGAGUCAACACAGACGCUGAAGUCAUAGCUUUUGUAGAUAAAUAUGUUACAUGCGACCUCCCACCUGACAGUGAUCCUCUCCAUGAAGUGGUACAUAGUGUUCAAAUGCAUAGCAAAAAACACUCUAAAAGUUGCAGAAAAAAAUCACACAACUUGCAGGUUUCACUUUCCCCGACCACCAAGCAACAAUACAUUCAUAUGUAAACAGGAACCGGAUGUUGAUAAUAAGGAAACCCCAUCUGACAAGUCAUCUUCAGAUUUAAAAAAGGCAGCCAAGCAUAUCAUGACCAAAGUUAAAGAAGCUUUGACCAGUGAAAACAACACAUUUAGUAGCAUAGAUGACUUGUUUAAUUCCAUUGGUAUUGACCAGACUACAUUUGAAACAGCCUACAAACUGACCUCUACAAAAACAACUGUCGUCCAUAAACGAAACAUAAACGACAUCUGGGUUAAUCAGUAUAACACAGACCUGCUACGUUGCUGGAAUGCAAACAUGGACAUCCAGUUUGUCUGUGAUGCAUAUGCAUGCAUUGUUUAUAUCAUUUCCUACAUAUCCAAAGCAGAAAGAGAAAUGGGUUUGCUAUUAAAACAUGCACAAAAUGAAAUCAAACAUAAUGAAAACCUGGAUGCAAAACAAGCGCUUAACAAAUUAGGGAAUGUGUUUCUGCAUAACAGAGAAGUUUCUGCUCAAGAAAGUGUGUAUCGGCUAACAAACAUGAGAUUAAAAGAGGGCUCUAGAAAAGUCACAUUUGUUCCAACAGGUGACAACAUUGUCAGAAUGAGCUUACCUCUUAAUGUCAUUCAAAACAGUGCUAAUGGUAAUCAGAUCUGGAUGACAAACAUUACUGAUCGAUACAAAAGCAGGCCUAAGUCCAGUGAAUUUAUGGACAUGUGCAUAGCUACUUUUGCCUCAGAGUACAGAAAUGUACCAAACAGUGAGAAAUCUAGACCAGAAGUGGUUAGUUUAUUAAACAACAAUGGUUGUGUAAGGAAGCGGACAAGGACAAAUGUAGCUGUUGUUAGAUAUGCUCGUUUUUCUAAAGAACAAGAUCCUGAGAAACACUAUCAAAGCCAGCUUCAGUUGUUCCUUCCUUAUUACACGGAAAACCAGUUAAAACCAUCACAAUUUACAACAUUUCAAGAGUUUUAUGAGACCGGCUCAAUCACAAACAGUAGUAAAAACAUCCAGUCUGUCAAAGACGUAGUAGAAUUCAACAGAUCCAAGUUUGAAAUCAAAGCAGAAGAUUUACAAAACAUACAGGAAGAUAUUGAACACUUUGGAUUUCAAGAAGAUGUUUGGGCAGAGCUGUGUCCUGAGGCAGAACUAGACCGACUAGAAUGUUUGGAAGACAGAUCUUUAGAUAACAAUCCAAAUCCUGGUGAACAAGAAGUUAUUCCAGAUCUAGAGCCAAUCACAAAACCAGCUUUAUCAUUUCACAUUCAAAAACUGAUAGUCUCACACAAGGAAGCACAAUCCUUAAUGCGUUCUCUAAAUCAGCAGCAGAGCAACGUGUUUUAUAAAAUCCGGCAGUGGUGCUUAGAUAAAGUAAACGGUCACAAUCCAAGCCCUUUUUAUGUUUUCAUUUCAGGUGGAGCGGGAACAGGCAAGUCCCAUUUGGUAAAAGCCGUGUCCUAUGAAACAACCAGAAUACUAUCCAGAUUAUCUAAUUAUCCUGAUGAUAUUCAUGUUUUAUUGACUGCCCCCACUGGAGUGGCUGCAUUAAAUAUCAAUGCCACAACAAUACAUAAUAGCUUUGCAAUUGGCAAUAAUAUUUCAUUACCAUACCAACCUUUAAGAGAGGAAAAAAUAAACACAUUAAGAGCAACCCUGAAACAUUUACAAAUCUUGAUAAUAGAUGAAAUCUCAAUGGUUGAUAACAAGCUUUUAACAUAUAUCCAUGGUAGACUGCGUCAGAUCAAACAGUGUUCAGACUUUUCUUCAUUUGGUAAUGUCUCCGUCAUAGCUGUUGGUGAUUUUUAUCAGUUGCCACCUGUCAAAGGGACUCCACUCUACAAGGACCCCAUUGGUUCCAAUUUGUGGCAAAACAGUUUCAGUCAUGUAGAACUCACAGACAUAGUACGACAGAAAAACAAAGACUUUGCUGUAACACUUAACCGUUUAAGGAAACACAAAAAAGACCAACCACUUCACCCACAAGACGAAGCACUUCUCAAACGAUGUGAAACAGGCAUGGGUGAAGACACUGAAAUUCUGCAUCUUUUUGCAACAAACAGUGAUGUUGAUAAUCAUAACUUCAACAUGUUGCAUAAACAAUGUACAGACAUUGUACAAAUCAAAGCCCAAGAUUUCCAUAAAAACCCUCAGACUGGCCGUACCACUAGAAUACCCUCAACACUUGAUUUUGGCAAGAAAACCUAUUUAGAUAAAUUACUAAGUAUUGCUCCUAAAGCUCGUGUAAUGCUCAUUAAAAACAUCGAUGUUUCUGAUGGACUUGUCAAUGGUGUGUUUGGUACUGUUUGUCGCAUACAAUUUCUAAGUAACAAUAGCUUCCCACACAUCAUUUAUGUUAACUUUGAUAACCCAAGUAUAGGCCAACAACUACGACACAAGUUUCCAACUUCAGACACCGAGCUGACUAAUGCUACACCAAUUAGUCCCGAUGAAGACAAACUUGAAAAGGGGGUUAGACGUCAAUUUCCACUGCGGCUGGCUUGGUCUUGCACCAUACAUAAAGUCCAAGGCCUAACACUACAGAAAGCAGUAGUCUCUUUUAAAAGGAUUUUUUCUGCUGGACAAGCAUAUGUAGCUUUAAGUCGUGUUACAUCACUAGAACACCUCACUAUCCAAGAUUUUAAAGCUAAAGCAAUCUAUGCAAGAAGUGAUGUGGAAGAAAACUUGAAAUUAAUGCCAAACUUUAUCGACACACCAGUUUCAAUGCCAAACUGCACUUUUAAAGUCUGUCUUCAUAAUGUGCAAGGUCUCAAGAAUCACAUACAGGAUGUCAAGAGCAACCAAAAAUUACUCACAGCCGAUAUAAUUUGUCUGACAGAAACUUGGUUAAAAGAAACACAUCCCUCUGAAAGCAUUUCACUGCCAGGUUGGACUUUUCACCACAAAACCAGAUCUGACUCAUACGAUGAAACUGGACUAUUUUCUACUUUCAGAAGCAAAAAUGGUGGUGGUGUUGGUUUCUAUCACAAAAACAGCAUUAUGUGUAAAAGUAUGGCUUUCAAUUGCAACAACCUGGAAGCUUUGCUUUUUAGCACACAGACUUUAAACCAUCAUUAUAUGCUGUUGUACAAACCACCAUCAUAUAACCUUCAGAAAUUCAAAGACAAUCUACAACCUGUACUGCAUUAUUUCAAUGAAUUUCCAGGAACCAAAAUAGUCAUGGGUGACAUGAAUGACGAUGCACUGGUUUCUAAUUCAUUUGUCAGCUUCAUGAAAUUGCAAGGAUACACUCAAAUAGUAACAAGUCCAACAACCGAAAAUAAUACUCUAAUUGAUCAUGUUUACAUCAAAGACAUUGAUCCCAAAACCAUACAUGUAGAAGUUAUUCCCACCUAUUACAGUUACCAUGAAUGUAUUCAAAUAUCAUUCUUGACAGGAACAGACACAGACAUACAGUUACAGGAACUGGGGACAGACAGACAAGGACUGCAGGACAAAUAGCCUCAAGGGGAAAGACAGACAAUCACAGAUAGAUGGACGGGUGUACAUCAGAGCUGACCAUAACAAAUUACACAUAGAGGUCCGUUUCAUUCAUACAAAAUCAAUUUAGCUUCAAAAUCAUCUAAACUUAUUUCGACUCUUAUACAUAUAUACCAUACCAUACCACACCAUACCUUACCAUUUAAUGUAUAUUUAGCAUGUGAAAUACACUUUUUAUCCAUAAAAAAGUGUAUGACAGUAUCACACUUACUUGUGGUUUUGAUAAUGGACAUUGAAAUGUUACUUUGUGUUGUGCCAUCACUGUUUCAAUGUAUAAAAAUGUAUCCAUUUAGAUAUUCACAAAUUCACUUAUUCUAGUACUAUUUUUAUUUUCCUUUGUUAAAGACUUCAUUUUACAGCACUCUUCUUUUGUUCAAUCUCCACUAGGAACAAUCACCCACCAGAUGAAGUUCCUGAAACAACACAACCGAAAUCUGUGGAAUCAGCAACCAUCAUGUGACCACGCCGCCCACCUGUCGUCCUGUUUGCUUCCCAGCCUGCCUAACUACCAGCCUCUGGAUCUGCAUCAUAUCCUGCCUCACUGUCUGCCUCGCAACCUGUUUCCUCAUCCCGUCCUGGAUCCUCAUUCUCUGCUGCUCUUCUGUCCCCACCUGGCCCCAAAGCCCCAGCCCUGCCUCACCAACACCGAUCAUCUCCAGUAAGAAUAGUUCUCCAAACAAUUCCAGUUCUGGUUCUCUGGUUCCAGGGUUUCGUGAUUCUAACACCAGUUUGCUUUCCCGUUCUAGAUCUUGAUCCCUCCUGUUCCAGUUUGGAGCACCGUUUUCAGUUUCACAUUGUUCUUAAUAAAUAUUAUUUGUUAUUCACUUGCCAUCGUUUCCGUCUGUGAUUUUUUCAUGUCCUGGGUAAAACAUUCCCAACGUGACACUUUGCCUCAGAAUGCCCUUCUGCCACUUUGCUAUACAUUGUGUAACACAUCAUUUGUACAUUUACAUAUGUAGAUAACAAUAAAGUGUUUUCUGUACUCUUGAAUCAAUAUAAUUUCUGGAAUCCUAAUUUCAAUGCACAGUGUUGUAAAAAUAUUGUUUGCUCUACAAAGUCUCCCCCACAAUUGGCAAAAUUUGACAUACAAUAAACUGCUGUUUUUUAAUUCAA